AUGCCUCGAGGCAGACCCCGCUCAAAGCUCUCUGAGCAAGAUUUCCCGUACGAAACGAUCAAGAAAAUUGUCGGCCAUACCAUCGACCCCGAGACUGCCCUCGUGACCCUCAUUGCACUCUCAAAAGGCAACCGGAUUGACGUGUCCGAAUGGGAUAUUCAAGAACAUCUUCCUGGGCUUCUCUACGAAUACUGGGCUGGCUUCAAGGGCCAGACACGUCAAGACGUCCUCAAAAUCGGCGAGCUUUACCACCCCUACAGACUUCUCAAACACCGUCGCGUUCGCGGACAGUGGCAAGUGCUGGUACAGUGGCUCGGCUACUCGGCCGAAGGCGAGGAUGUCUCGUGGGAGCCCGCGAACAAGAUUCGCGUCGACGCGCCAGACGUUUUGAUCGAUUAUUGCGGUUAUGUAGAUGAUGACAACGUCAAGGCUGCACUUCUCGGCCACUUGCGCAUGGAGGAGUCUGUGGCCGAGGCCCAGGAAGUGAAGCCCGCAGUUGAGGCGGUUGCGACACCUGCCAAGCUCAGUGCGAAGCGCAAGCGUGAGAGUCUCGCCGAGCAGUCCGAGGCCACGAGCGACAAACGUCGACGAUCUUCCAGAUACGAGUCGACGCCCGCCACGAAGACGCCCGCGACCAAAUCGUCCGCCACAAAGCGCAGACAAUCACAAACCCCGGCUGAGGCUGCCCAGGCAACCCCGAAAUCCACGCGGCGACAGUCCAAGAUACUUCCAAGCGACGAUGCCACUCUCAUCGCGUCUCCACAGCUUCCAACGCGCAGAAAGAGCACACGCGCGUCCUCUGUUGCACCUACCUCCACCCAGACCCAACGUCUCAGCCCGGCGGACAUCCCUCGGACGAUGCUGUGGUUCAUGGAUGACUUCACUGUCGGCGACAUGCAAAAGGUCUGCCGUUUUAUCGACGAGCACUGCACGGGAAAACUCCGUCUUCCGCUGUACAGUGGCGGUGACUGGGACGGAAAGGCUGCGAGCGGACGUUGGGAGGACGUGUUUAUGGUGAGCCCGUUGGGCCGCCUGGGCCGGUACGACAACGACGAAGAGAAGGAAGAAUAA